AUGAAAUCCUAUAAUGAUGAAAGCAAACGAAAUAAUUUGGAAAUUGAAAAUAAUUUUAGUGAUGGUACAACUGAUUGCAAACCAUCUGAAUAUAAAAGAAGAAAAAGUUUUUCAUCUUUAAUCAAUCCUUUGGGAAUUUCUACUACUACUUAUCCAUUACUGAAAAUUUUAAAUUUUUCACCACAGGUUAGAAACGUUCCAUCUUCAUUAACAACACAAUUAAAUCAACAGCAGUUACAACAUCAUAAUCAACAUCAUCAAGCACAAAAUGUAAAAUUACCAUUGACUGCACAAAACUUAAAUUUAGAAUUAAAUAAUCAAACAACAACUAAUUUAGAGCAAUUAAGUCCUAGUUUACCAUUUCAAAAUUUAAGUCCACGUUCACAACGUAGUAUCUACACAGAUAUAUCAAGUCCAUUUACAUCGAUUUUAAGUCCACAUUCAACACGUUUUACACCAAAUCCACACUAUAUGAGCCCCGAUUCACAAUAUUUAAGUUCCAAUUCAAUAUUGAGUCCAUUUUCUCAACAUUUAAGUCCACAUCCAAAUAAUUUUACAAUACAAACAACAAGUACAAAUCCAUUGCAUAUUUAUGCAGAAUCUCCGCGUAGUACUACAAGCACUUCAACUAAUUUAAUUGGUAAUAAUAAUAAUCAAUACCAAUUAUCACGUAAUGAAGAUAUAUUAAAUAAUUUAAAAAAUAAUAAUAAAUCAUCGGAACAACCAGCUCCUCUUCCAAAUAUAUUAGCAACUCUCGAUGAUUUAACAAGUCGACAACAAAAUCAAAAAAAUUUUAUAAAUAAAAAUGAUGAUAUUAUAGGAUUAAUAGAUAGAAUCGAUAAUUACGUAGUUGAAUCAAAUCCAAAUAAUGGGGCAGUAGAAAUAAAUAAUUCCAAAGUAGAAGUUAUAUCACAACAAUAUAUCCCGCCAUCACCUAUCACACCGAUUUCUAAUGAUCAACAUAUUAAUCAAGAAAAUGAAAUAAAUAUAUUGAAAUCAUCUGUAACAACAGCAAUUGAUCAGCAAUUAUAUGAUAAAAACUUAAGUGACAUUCCGACAUCAAACUCUUUAAAUUCUUUAGUUGUAAAAGUUUCAACGCUUCCAAACAUCUAUAGUGGAAACCAAUUAGAGCAACGGCAAUUACAAGUAGCUACUCCAGAUAUUACUACAUCACAGAAUCUUACAAAUCUUUCAAAUCCAAUAGAAGUUAGCGAACCCCGAAAUAAUAACGGUCAUAAUAGUAACCGAAAUAAAAAUAUAUCAAAGCUUCCAUUUCAACAUUCUGGUCCAGAUAACAAUCGAAAAUAUUUAAAUCUUCCAAUUCCUUCUCCAACACCAAGUCUUCCGGAGUUCGAUUUUAUACGUCGUCAAAAUAAUAAUCAAAAUAAUAAUGACAACAAUAAUCUUUCAACAGAAGCUUGUUUCAAAGAACCGGGCAGUGUUGCCAGUUAUUAUUCAGCACCAGCUAAUUUAGGUUCAGAAAGAAUUUUAGAUGAUUUUGCAUUUCCAAAUUUCUUCCGUGAUAAUGAAUUAAAUACACCAAAUGUUGAUGAUUUUUAUACCCAACAACUUCAUAAUUUCUUUGAAGGACAAGUAAUAUCGUUUCAAAAUCCAGUUGCAGAACCAAAUGCUCAAAAUUGUAAUAAUAUUGAACCAACUAGAAAUUUAGAUUCUCAUCUACAAACUUUAAAUAAUGUUACACAUUUAGAUAACAAUUAUUCAUCAGAUUUCACAAAUAACAACAAUUCAAUGCACCUAACUAAUAGCACUAUUAAAGAUAAAUCAAUGAUAGAAAAUUCUAAUACAAAUAUUUGUAAUUCUAACACAAUUAAUAAUAACAAUAAUAUUAUUAAUGAUAUUAAUAAUGAAAAUCCAAAAUUAAUUAGCAGUUCUUCUCAAGCAACAUCUGCAAAUUCACAACCCACAAAAUCUAAUAAUUUUAAUGGUAAAAGUCAUUUUAAACCUCAAAGUCUAUCAGAAUCUAAUAAAAUGCUAUUAUCACAACACUAUAUAAAUAAAAUUAUUUUAUUCGAAUGUAAAUUAUGUGGCAAAUAUUAUAAAAAUGAACGUUCAUAUAGUAAACAUCAGAAAACUCAUGCUCAAGAUUCCCCAAAAUGUGAUACAUGCGGUAAAACAUUUCAAUCUACAAAACGUUUUCUCAAUCAUGAUCAAAAUUUAUGUAAAAUUCGACAAGAGAAACGUAUUAAAAGUCAAACUUCAGAUACUACAACUAGUACUGAAAUUAAAAAUACUUCAAGUUCAGAAAUUACUUCUACAAAUUAUAAUAGUAAUAGUGAUUUUAAUCUGAACACUAGUGAUAAUGUCAAGAGUAUCAAUAAUAGUAAUUUCAAUGACAGUAACAUUCAAAUGAAUGACAAAUGUGUUAGCGGUAAUCAAAAUAUAGAGCAGAUUUGUAAUGAAAAUAAUCAACAACAACAGGAACCACAAGAAAAACAAUUAUUACAGAUAGGAGAACAUAACCAACAAAAUAUUAGAAAAGACUUAAAUAAAGUAAUAUUACCAAAAAAAUGUAGAUUAUGUCCUCGUACAUUUAUACGUGAAGCACAUUUACGUAAACAUGAAAAAAAUCAUGAUAUUGUCUACAAAUGUGAACAUUGUCCUAGAUCAUUUAGAUUCAAAAAUGCAUGCCAAGCACAUAUGAGAGUGCAUACGGGUGAAAAACCAUUCAAAUGUAACACUUGUCCAGCAGCAUUUGCAACAAAUUCUAAUCUAAAAGCUCAUCAACUAAUUCAUACAGAGGAAAAACCAUUUGAAUGUUCAUUUGGAUGCGGGAAAGCGUUCAGUAUGAAACGCUUACGUAAAUGGCAUGAACGUAUUCAUACAGGUGAAAAACCAUUCCAAUGUGAUACAUGUGGUAAAAAUUUUGCAAUGCAAAGUCGUUUAAAUUUACAUUAUAGACAACGUCAUAUGGAUAAAAAUUUACGACCGCAUGAAUGUUUAAUAUGCUCAAAACGUUUUCUACAUCCAACUGGCUUAAAAGAUCAUAUGAAUAUGCAUAAUGGUGAUAGACCAUAUCAAUGUCCAUUUGAUAAUUGUGAUAAACGUUUUCCAAAUCAAAAUCGUUUAUGGGAACAUAAAAAACUUCAUUCAUCAUAUAAACGUUAUACUUGUCAAAUAUGUAAUAAAUCUUUUAUACAAUAUACAACAUUUUUAACCCAUAAGAAAUAUUGUAAUAGUUUUAUGCAAUCUUCAUCAUCAUCAUCAUUAUGA